UCUGCCGGUGCCGGUGCCGGUCCGGUCCGGCGGGCCCGGGGCCGCGUGCGGGCGGGGCGGGGGCGGCGCUGCCGGCCCGGCCCGGGGCGGGGGGGCCGGACGGGACGGUGACGGUCCCCGGCGCGGCGGGCCCGGCGCGGCCGCUGGCGGAGCAUGAGGGAGCCAUGAGCCCGCUGCGGGGGUGGCUGCUGGCCGCGCUGCUCUCGCUCGCCCCGCGGGCAGGUCCUGCCGCGCAGGCCGGAGCGCUGCCGCGGAGGCUCCCACGGGCCGCAUGGCAGGAAGGGCGGGUGGUCUCCCAAAUCACCCACCCCAGCAGGCUGGUGGGGCAGAGCUCGGGCGGAGAAGUCCCAAAGCAUCAGCUGGACACCAGAGUCAGACAUGAGCCCGGAGGAGGAGGAGGAGGAGGUGGAGGACCCGGGCUGCACCUGGCACAGGUGAGCUUCAUGGUGCGUGCCUUCGGCUCAGCCUUCACCCUCGAUCUCCGGCUGAACCACCACCUCCUCGCCUCCCACUACGUGGAGCGGCACCUCGGCGCGGGCAGCAACGGCAGCCACAGCACGGGCGCGGGGGAGCACUGCUACUACCAGGGCCGGAUCCGGGGGCAGCCCCGCUCCUUCGCCGCUCUCUCCAGCUGCCAGGGCCUGCGCGGGGUCUUCUCGGACGGCCGAGCCACGUACCUGAUCGAGCCCCAGGCGGGCACCGAGCACGGGCAGGGCCUGCGGCCACACAUCGUCCAGCGCGUCCCCAGCUGCCCCCGACUGGGCUGCCUCUUCCCUGCGCUGAGCCAGCGUGUCCCUGGUGGGAUACCAAAGCUGCGGCGGCGGCGGCAGGUCCGCCGAGCCCAGCACACGGUGCACAGCGAGACCAAGUACAUCGAGCUGGCCGUGGUGAACGACCAUCAGCUGUUCCUGCAGCUCCGAAAGUCCGUAGUUCUUACCAGCAACUUCGCCAAGUCCGUGGUCAACCUGGCUGAUAUGAUCUACAAGGAGCAGCUCAACACCCGCAUCGUGCUGGUGGCCAUGGAGACGUGGGCGGCCGAGGACCGGAUCCGGGUGGGGCAAGACUCCCUGGAGACCCUGAACGAGUUUGUGAAAUACCGGCGAGAGGGGCUGGCAGAGCACAGUGACACCGUCCACCUCUUCUCGGGUCGGACGUUUCAGAGCAGCCGCAGCGGUACCGCCUUUGUCGGGGGCAUCUGCUCCCCUGCCCGCGCCGGGGGCGUCAACGAGUACGGCAACGUGGCGGCCAUGGCGGUGACACUGGCACAGACCCUGGGGCAGAACGUGGGCAUGAUGUGGAACAAGCACCGCACGGCCGCAGGGGACUGCCGCUGUCCGGACUCGUGGCUGGGCUGCAUCAUGGAGGACACAGGGUACUACCUCCCGCGGAAGUUCUCUCGCUGCAGCAUCGAUGAGUACAACCAGUUCCUGCAGGACGGCGGCGGCAGCUGCCUCUUCAACAAACCCCUGAAGCUCCUGGACCCUCCGGAGUGCGGCAAUGGCUUCGUGGAGGCAGGAGAGGAGUGCGACUGCGGCUCGCUGGCGGAGUGUGCGAGGAGCGGGGGAAACUGCUGCAAGAAGUGCACCCUGACCCAUGACGCCAUGUGCAGCGAUGGGCUCUGCUGCAAGGGCUGCAAGUACGAGCCACGUGGCGUGUCCUGCCGGGAGGCUGUGAACGAGUGUGACAUCCCUGAGACCUGCACCGGGGACUCCAGCCAGUGUCCCCCCAACCUCCACAAGCUGGAUGGAUACUUCUGUGAGAACGAGCAGGGACGAUGCUACGGCGGGCGCUGCAAAACCCGGGACCGUCAGUGCAACGCGCUGUGGGGCCGCAGCUCGGCCGAGCGCUUCUGCUACGAGAAGCUGAACGUGGAGGGGACGGAGCGGGGGAACUGCGGGCGCGAGGGCCUGGGCUGGCUGCAGUGCAACAAGCAGGACGUCCUCUGCGGCUUCCUCCUCUGCGCCAACAUCUCGGGGUCGCCGCGGCUGGGGGAGCUCAGCGGGGAGAUCGCCACCACCACCUUCUACCACCAGAACCGCUACGUGGACUGCAGGGGCGGCCACGUGCAGCUGGUGGAUGGCUCGGACCUGAGCUACGUGGAGGACGGGACGCCCUGCGGGCCCGGAAUGCUCUGUCUCGACCGCAAAUGCCUUCCAGCCACCGCCUUUAACUUCAGCUCCUGCCCCGGCAGCUGGGACGGGAAGAUCUGCUUCGACCACGGGGUUUGCAGCAAUGAGGGGAAGUGCAUCUGCCGGGCGGAGUGGACGGGGAAGGACUGCAGCGUCUACGACCCCAUCCCGGAGCCGAAACCGACGGGGGAGACGGAGCGAUACAAGGGUCCCAGUGGCACCAAUAUCAUUAUCGGCUCCAUCGCGGGGGCCGUGCUGGUGGCUGCCAUCGUCCUAGGGGGGACAGGCUGGGGAUUUAAGAACAUCCGCCGAGGAAGGUACGACCCGGCGCAGCAGGGAGUGUAA